GACAAAACUCACGUGACUCCCGUCAGCACGUGACACUCGGUACCGUGGCAUCAACAUGGCUGCAGCAAAACAACCUGUCUACUGGCUGGGUAAUGAGACCCUCAGGGUUUCUGCUGCCCUUUUUGCUGAGAACCGCAGACGACUGUGCAAGGGACUAAAAGCGUCAGACGGUUUGCUGCCGAAAUCAGUUGUGGUGCUGCAGGGAGGAGAGCAGAAGCAGAGGUACUGCACAGACACGGACGUCCUCUUCAGGCAGGAGUCUUUCUUCCACUGGGCUUUUGGAGUGACUGAGGCUGACUGCUAUGGAGCCAUUGAGGUGGAGUCUGGGAAAUCCAUCCUUUUUGUUCCUAAAUUGCCUGAAAGCUAUGCUACUUGGAUGGGAGAGAUAUAUCCUAAAGAGCACUUUAAGGAGAAAUAUGCUGUUGAUGAGGUGCAAUACACCUGCGACAUUGUUAAUGUCCUGUCCAACCUGAAAGCAGCAGUUCUCCUAACCCUGCGAGGACAGAAUACAGAUAGCGGGAGCAUCUGCCGUGAAGCCUCCUUUGAAGGAAUCAGUCGCUUCCAAGUGAACAACACUCUUUUACACCCAGUCAUUGUGGAAUGCCGUCUCACUAAGACUGAUAUGGAGUUGGAGGUCCUGCGCUACACUAACAGGGUUUCCAGUGAAGCCCACAAAAUGAUCAUGAAGCAUGUGAAGCCCGGACAGAAAGAAUAUGAAAUGGAGAGUCUGUUCCAGCACUACUGCUACACCAAAGGGGGGAUGCGCCACACCUCGUACACCUGUAUCUGUGGAACGGGCCAUAAUUCUUCUGUACUGCACUACGGCCAUGCUGGGGCUCCCAAUGACAAGACAAUUGUGGAUGGAGACAUGUGUCUGUUUGACAUGGGUGGAGAGUACUAUUGCUACUCCUCAGACAUCACCUGCUCCUUCCCAGCCAACGGCAAGUUCACUCCAGACCAGAGGGCCAUCUAUGAGGCCGUCCUAAAAGCCUCCCGCGCUGUCAUGGCUGCCAUCAAACCAGGUGUGAAGUGGACUGACAUGCACCGCCUUGCUGACAAGGUUCACCUGGAGGAGCUUGUGAAGAUCGGCAUCCUGCGCGGCAGCGUGGAGGACAUGAUGAAGGUCUACAUGGGCGCCGUCUUCAUGCCCCACGGCCUGGGACACCUGCUUGGCAUCGAUGUGCACGAUGUGGGAGGGUACCCUGAGGGGGUGGAGCGCAUCGACGAGCCUGGACUGAAGAGUCUUCGUAUGGGCCGCCUGGUGCAGGAGCGGAUGGUCCUCACUGUGGAGCCGGGCAUCUACUUCAUCAACCACCUGCUGGACCAGGCUCUGGCCGACCCAACCAAGAGCUGCUUCAUCGACAACGCAGUGCUGGCUCGCUUCCGUGGCUUCGGAGGGGUUCGCAUUGAAGAUGACAUUGCAGUGACAGCGGAUGGCAUAGAGCUGCUGACCUGCGUCCCUCGCACUGUGGAGGAAAUCGAGGCUUUCAUGGCGGACUCUGCGAAAACCUUCAGCCCAGUCGUCAGCAGUUAGAAGCUGUGAGCGACAUCUGUCGGUGAAGUCUGAGCUUUUAGGCUGCAGCGUCAAGAAUUAUCACCAGUAUUCUUCAGUAAAGUUGAAAUGACUCUCGCUUUCCUGCCUCAUUUAUACAACAGAUAAACAGUUAUCGUUGUUAUUAAGCAGUAUUCAUCCAUAAAACGUUUCUUAAACUUAUCAUCUACAUUUAAUACAUCUUAAUCAUAAUGGUUGAUCAGCAUUUGGGGAAACUGUACUUUAAUACAUGUUGAUGCCUCUGAGGAAAAUAAAUUUUGUAUUUUUUUUCAAAGAUAAUUAUUAUUCUUAUAUGCUCUUGUGUGUCAGCAUUGAUUGACAAAUACAAUUCUGUUGAAUGAAAUAAACAUAUGAUCUGCA